AUGUCUUUGAGUACAAAACAAACGAAUGGUAAUGAUCGUGUUGACGCUCCAUUUUUAUUAAGUAAUGAUAAAGUAAUACAUUAUUUACAAAAUUCAAGACGUUGUUCAAAUAAUAAUAAUAAUAAUAAUGAUUCAUUAAAUAUUCUCCACAAAUCAUCGUCACACAAUCACGAUUUAUUUUUUGUCAAAGAUUCGUCAAUGAAUAAUAAUCACAACAAUAAUAAUAAUCAUCAACAACAAUCCGAACAACGUAUACGUUCAUCUUCAGAAGAUGGUUCAUCAUCAUCUGUUAAUGAUACAUUAUCAAGAUCCGAUUUUAGUCUUGGUUCUAGUCUAUCCGAUCCCGGUGGAUUUUGUAGUAUAUUUAGUUCAAAUACAUCAUCAUCUGGUAUAUGCAGUACAUUUUCUGAUGUUGGACAUGAAGAAAAUACGUCAACAUCAUCAGAAGAACUUGAUUUUAAUCUUGGUUUCGAUCAAAUUAGUGAUAAUGAUGAUAUAGAAGUAGCCAAUCUUGAUGAAAUUAAUGAUGAUGAUGAAUGUGAAUAUAAUGAUAAAGACGAUCAACAAAUGACAACUGAGAACAGUGUUGAAACAGCUACAUUACUCGAUGGCAAUGAUUCAAAUUUAGAUGCACGUAUAAGUGAAUUAGAAGAAUUUCUUCGUAAAUCUUAUAAUUCAACGAAUAUUGAUGAUUAUGAAUUUAAUAAUGACGAUACAAUAACUGCUCAUCAAACAAAACAACGUGCAUCAUUUUUACAUGAUUCAACAUAUACAUUAUGUCCUCAAGAUCGUUUUUCUGCAUAUACUGACGGUGAUGAUCAUGAAGAUGAACAUAUAGCAAAUGGUAUUGGUAUACGUUCAAAUUCAUUAGGAAUCGUUCCGUCGAAUAGAAAAGCAGUUUUAAUAAAUAAACCACCAAAAAAAGUUGUUCGUUUUGCUGAUAAGUUGGGCCUUGAUCUUGAAUCCAUCCGUUAUAUGACUCCACCUGAUCAAUCUACAAAUUCACUUAUACAAGAAUGUAUUCGUAUUAAACUUGAACAAUUACGUGUUGCUAAAAAUCAAUCAAGUAUAUCUUCUAUAUCUCAAUCUCCGUUUGAUCUAGCAGCCAACAGUACACGAACACCUUCAUCUUCAACUCUAUCCGCCUUCACUAAAUCAUCAAAGCAAUAUUAUCUUGUUUCAAAAUAUUUUACUUCACCAACAAACAUUAUUCCGUUAAUUUACGAACGACAAGUAAUGCUUGAAUGUCUAUAUACAAAAGAUUCAAUAGCAUAUGGAACCGUUCGUGUUCAUAAUUGUGCUUAUGAUAAACGUAUUUUUGCUCGUAUAACCGAUAAUGAAUGGGAAACAUACCAAGAUAAUCAAGCUUGGCAUUCAAUGAAUUAUGCAAAUAAUAAUACAGAUACAUUUACGUUUGAAAUACGUCUAGGAAAGUAUAACAAUGAUGCCAAAGUACCUAAACAAAUUUAUUUUGCUAUUUGCUUACAAGCUAUGUGUCAAGAAUAUUGGGAUAAUAAUCUUGGAUGGAAUUAUUUAUUAGAUGUAAUUGAAAGGUAA